AACAAUGAUGCCAAAGGAUUAUUCGCACGGUCGUAUUCGAAACAGUGGCCCGUUCAGCUCGAUUUCCAGACCGGAACCUGAUUCUGGAUUCGUUGAAUAUCAGUGGCAAUGCGCAUUAGCGCCUGCGUAAAUUCGUCAGAUAAUUCGGCAUUUGCAAAGGAUGACUUUGAAGAGACCAGACCUCUCGUAUGGUGACGGUGCUGCUGAUGUACUUUUGUAAGUGCACUUGAGGUGCAUCAUGAGGCUUCAUCUGGGGCCAAAUAUCACAUCGGUGGAGGUAUAAAGGGGAUGGGAAAUCCACGGCAUACAGCCCCUCAUGCCAGGCCGUUAAGUCACUUUGAUAUUCUCACUUAGAAAUCCGAAAAGCAUCGUUCAUCAUCAUUAUUUCACCAUGACUAUUGAAACGUAUCAAUUUGGCGCCUUCAAGUCGCAGAGGACGGAUGUUCUUAUUGUUGGCGCUGGUCCCGCUGGAUGCAUGGCCGCGGCAACGUUGCAAAGAUACGGCAUCGAUUUUUGCCUGAUUGACAAAAGGGCCACGAGAACACAAACUGGGCAUGCAAGUGCAUUCCAACCUCGAACCCAAGAAAUCCUGCAGACGAUGAAUCUACUUCAUGAUCUUGACAAGAGAGGACAUCGUCUUACCGAAACUUCUUUUUGGAUGCGUGAUAGCACGGGCGCCCUAGUCAGUAACUUCACCGGCGCUGAGGUGGUCCAUGCCACGCCGUACCAGUACCUUUUUAAUACCGACCAAGGCAUGACGGAAGAUGUAUUUGAACAGUACUUGAGCACCAAGGGGCACAAGGUCCAGCGAUUCAUGGAACUUGUUCAUUAUGAACACAGCCCAGAGUCCGAAUGGCCACUCACAGCGUACAUCAAAAACAAUGCUAGCGGGGCCAUCGAAGCAUGGCAGACGAAGUACAUCUUAGGUACCGAUGGGGCGCGAAGCGCUACACGCCGAGCUACCGGUGUGCAAUCAUCCUCGCAAGGCGGCGAGGACGUUUGGGCUGUCGCGGACGUUUAUGUUGAUACGAACUUUCCCGAUUACAGAAGACGUUGUGCCAUCCGAACUCCAGAUGGUGGUUGCAUGUUGAUCCCCCGCAAGGAUGAGGGGCUCCGGAUUUUCCUGCAGGUGGAUGAGAAAAGUCAGGAGCACCUCAAUGCAAACGGAGAUUCAGCACAAGAUGCCCUUACUGGAAGCAGUGCUUUCAAACUCACCCAGACCGUCCAGUCCCACAUCAGCAAGGUCAUUCAUCCUUACAAGAUGAAUAUCACCGACAUUGUUUGGAUUAGCCAGUACCGUGUUGCGCAGCGAGUUGUCCAUAAUUUCAGUGAUCCGACCAAGCGAGUUUUCCUCCUUGGAGAUGCAUGUCACACACAUAGUCCUAAGGCAGGACAAGGAAUGAACGUCAGCAUUUCAGACGCAUACAACCUCACAUGGAAGCUGGCACUGGUCAUGAAAGGUGUUGCAAAGGCAUCUUUGCUUGAGACGUACGAACAAGAAAGACUUUGGGUUGCCCAACAGCUUAUUGAAUUCGACGCCUUGUUUGCCCGUCAAUUUGGACAAAAGGAUAAAUUUGACAGUCAGAACCUCCGUGAGACAUGGGAAAUGGGACAUGGCUUCACAAGCGGGUGUGGGUAUGAGUACCCUCCAAACUUACUUGUUAACCGCGAUGUCCGGAUUUCCAUCAACAAUGAAGCAGUGGAGCCGCUCACGCCGGGCAAGCGUCUCUUACCUAUCGAUCUGAUCCGACACAUCGACGGCAAUCAUGUUCGCAUGCUCGACAUCAUGCCAUCCAACGGCAGAUUCCAUCUCUUCAUUUUUGCCGGCAAUGACCUAGCUUCGCCUACCCUACAGAAUCUUGGAAAUGCUUUGGACUCACCUCAUUCGCCAAUGAGUCUCUUCAAUCUUCUGCCACUGGAACUUAUGCAACGUUUCCGUCAUGAGGACAUCACAACGGACUCAGUUCCAUUCACCAACAAGGCAUAUGUUCUUGAUCUUUUCCUGAUUCAUUCACAGAAUCACCUGGAUAUUCAACUGGGAGAUAUCCCUGCUCCAUUCUCCUCAAAAUGGCCCAUGAACGUAUAUUCUGACUUUUCUGGAGCUGCAAAAAGCCAGCUCGGUGUCUCUGGCGACUCCGGUGCUUUGGUGGUGGUGAGACCAGAUGGCUAUAUUGGACUUGUCACUGGCUUGGACAAUGUUGAAGAUGUGACGUCUUAUUUCGAUGGCUUCAUGCACCGGCGCAUUUAGUGAUGACGAGAAACCGCUGAAAGGGCAAAACGAGCACUGUAAGAUGCCGGCAACGGCCAGCUAAAUAUCCUACAACACAGGUUCAAUAUCAUAGCCUUCUAUGGAUUGAUUGUUGCUUAGUAUCGAAUUUCAGUGUAAAUAAUUGUGUUCUCAUGGCGUAACUCACAAAGCCCGGGCGUUUAUCCGAUCUCUGACAAAUGGAGAAAAGGUUGUCUGCAUUUGCUCGAUAUUUAUGGAUAUAAGACCACCUGUCUCGAGAGAAGACGCACUAUAGUCAUUGAGAGAAUGACAUCUAU